AUGGAUCUCUCCACCACCGCCUCAGAGAUGGAUACGGAGAUUGAAAUCCAUAAUCGGAAAAGAGAUUUUCAUCACCCGUACACCCCGUAUCCCAUCCAGGAAACUUUUAUGCAAACGGUGUGGGAUGUUUUGGAAGAGGGGAAGAUUGGGAUUUUGGAGAGUCCAACGGGGACGGGGAAGAGUUUGAGUUUGAUUUGUGGAGGGGUGACGUGGUUGAGGGGGUGGAAGGGGAGGGUUUUGGAGGGAGUGGUUGAGGAGAAUGGGGGUGGGGGUGGGAAUGGAGGGGAGGGUCUCACUGGCUCGUCGGAACCAGAGUGGGUGAUUCAGGCGGCGAGGGAGAGGAGGAAAAGGGAGUUGGUUUCCAGGCGGGAGGAGAUGGAGAGGAGAUUGGAGAGAAUUAGAGAGAGGGAGAGGAAGGAGAGGGAUAGGAUGGCUGGAAAGGGAGAUGGGAGGAGUGGGAAGAGAAGGAAGAUUGGGGGAGAUGGGGAUGGGAAUGCGAAUGGAGAGAGUGCUGGUGGAAAUGAAGAUGAGUUUUUAUUGGAGGAUUGGGAUAGUGAUGGGGAGGCUGGUGGUGGUGGGAAGAAAGGAACUGGAGAUGAGACCAUUUUCUCAAGAGAAACGUUGGAGUUGAAGAAGAGUGUUGGGUUGUGGAGUAAAGGAGUAGAAGAUGAAGAUGAGGAACCGGAUGAUGAGAUGAAGAUAUUUUACUGUUCAAGAACUCAUUCUCAACUAACUCAAUUUAUCAACGAACUCCGACGAGUAGAAUUCCCACCAUCUAUACCUCCAUCAGACGAAAAGAAAGAACCCCUCCACGAACAUCUCAAACAUCUAACCCUCGGUUCCCGCAAAAAUCUCUGCAUCAACCCAAAAGUAAAUAAACUCAACUCCGUAACCGCAAUUAACGAACGUUGCGCCGAACUCCAACAAUCUUCAACCCCCAAAGAACAAAAAUGCCCUCAUCUACCCAAUCAAGAUAACAAACCCCUCGUCAACACUUUUCGCGAUCACACACUUGCUACGAUCCGCGAUAUCGAAGAUAUGGGUUCUCUAGGAAAAGAAAUCUCAAUCUGUCCAUACUAUGCUUCUAGAGCUGCCAUCAAACCCGCAGAAAUAGUCACAUUGCCUUACCCAUUACUCUUGCAGAAGAGCGCGAGAGAAGCGCUUGGGAUUAGUUUGAAGGGACAUGUGGUUAUUAUUGAUGAGGCGCAUAAUUUGAUGGAUGCGAUUGCGGGGAUUUAUGGGACGGAAAUGGAGUUAGGGGAGUUGAGGCUGGCGAAGGAAAUGUUGGGGAAUUAUUUUCGGAAGUUUGCGAAGAGGUUGGGGGGGAAGAAUAGGAUUUAUGUGGCGCAGACGAUUAGGGUGGUGGAUAGUUUGGUGGGUUAUUUGGUGAGGAUGUUGGAGGGGUCGGAAAGAGAUGGAGUAGUCUCUCAAAAAGAUCUCCUAUCCGGAAAAGGAGCCGAUCAAAUCGAUCUCUUCAAAUUAAUCCGCUAUCUCCAAGAAAGUAAAUUAGCACGCAAAGUCGAAUCAUACACCGACCACAUCCGAACAUCUCAACCCCAACCACAAACCUCCGUCUCCUCAUCCAAGCUCAAAGAUCCCCCAAGCCAACUCUUCUUCCUCAAACACGAAAACGACAUCACUCUUAAAUUCCAACUCCUCAACCCCGCUAUUCACUUCGACUCUAUUGUUUCAUCCGCCCGCGCCGUCAUUCUAGCUGGUGGAACCAUGUCCCCCUUCUCAGAUUACACAUCCAUCCUCUUUCCCUCCAUCCCACCCCAUAAAAUCACAACUCUCUCCUGCGGCCACGUCAUCCCAUCUAGUAACCUCUUCGCGAGUGUAGUCUCCAAAGGCCCCACGGGAUAUCCCUUCAAGUGGACGUACGAAAAUCGCGCGAAUGCAGAGAUGAUGGAUGAGCUGGGGAGAGUCCUGGUAAAUGUUUGCACGGUUGUUCCUGGGGGCGUGGUGGUUUUCUUCCCCAGUUAUAGGGUUUUGGAUACGAUUCUUGCUAGGUUUGCAGUUUUUCAUCAAAAUAACAAUAAUAAUGGUAAUAGUAUCAGCAAACCCAAAUCCAUCCUCCAAAGAUUAGAAGAGAAGAAGACGGUAGUGCGGGAAGCGAAAGAGGAUAGUGUAGAGGAGAUACUGAGAAGGUAUGGAAAAGCAAUAGAAGAGGGAAAGGGCGGGUUGCUGUUUAGUGUUGUGGGGGGGAAAUUGAGCGAGGGAAUUAAUUUCUCGGAUGAGUUGGGGAGAGCGGUGGUGAUUGUCGGAUUGCCGUUUCCAAAUGCGAGGACGGCAGAGUGGAGGAGACGGUUGAGGUUUGUGGAGGAGAGUGCUGUUAAGCGGUUAUCGGGGGAUUAUUCGAUUUCCUCUCCUUUGACGGGAUGGGGAGAUGGGGAAAAUAAAAAUGGGAAUGGAAAUGGGGAGACGGGAGGGAAAGAAGGAAAUAUGGAAACAGAAAUACAUAUCCCGAAAGAGAUCAAAGAAGAGAUACAAAGAAAAGCAAAAGAAGAAGCGAAGGAAUUCUUUGAAAAUGUAUGUAUGAGAGCGGUAAAUCAGAGUGUGGGGAGAGCGAUAAGACAUAAAGGGGAUUGGGCGGGGAUUUUGAUGGUGGAUGAGAGGUUUAGGGGGAGAGGGUGA